CCAGAUCACACCGUGCCGGCCCGUCCGCCCGCUUUGGUCGUCUGUCGUCACACCCCACCUCCCCAACAAAACAUCUCGCCGCUAGGAUAGCGAGGCAGCUCUGCCUUAUUGCAAGCUAAGCUUCCGAUUUACUGAUUAAUUGUGCGUUAAUUUCCCACUAAACCACUGUCGGUCGCCGCCGCUUCACAUCCAGCUCGGUGGGCGGCCUUAGAGAGAGAGAGAGAGAGAGAGAGAGAGAGAGAGAGAGAGAGACCGAGGCAGCCUGGGAUCCGGUCGGGCGGUCGAUGCUACGGCCGGUGUCGGGUGUCGCCGGGGCAUGGCUAGCCAGGCUGCGCGGCGAGGAGGAGUGAUGAGGCCACCGAGCAGCGGCGUGCGCGCGGCGGCCGCGCGGUCGCCGGCCGCCUCGUUCCUGCUGGCCGCUGCGGCCGUGGCCGCGCUCGUCGGCGGGUUCUACUUCUGGCUGGUGGUCUCGUCGUUCCGGCUCCCCGACUCGGGCGACGCCGGGUGUCGCCCCGACGGCGAGGGGUCGUGGGCGGUCGGGAUGUUCUACGGCAGCAGUCCCCUCGCGCUCCGCCCCAUCGAGCUGGAAGGGAGAAGCAAUGGCAACAGCUCGGCGUGGCCGGUAGCAAACCCCGUGCUGACAUGCGCGACCGCGACGGAGGCGGGGUACCCGAGCAACUUCGUUGCUGACCCGUUCCUCUACAUCGAGGGGGAUACACUAUUUCUUUUCUUUGAAACAAAAACAACAACCUCAAUGCAAGGUGAUAUUGGAGUUGCAAGAAGCUUUGACCAAGGUGCGACGUGGGAAUUUCUUGGCAUCGCUCUAGAUGAGGCAUGGCAUCUGUCAUAUCCUUUUGUGUUCAAGUAUGAGAAUGAGAUUUAUAUGAUGCCAGAGGGAAACAAAAAGAAGGAGCUGCGCCUUUAUCGUGCUAUUAAGUUUCCCCUUGAAUGGACAUUGGAGAAGGUUCUUGUCAAUAAGCCACUCAUUGAUGCCUCAUUAAUCCAAUUUGAGGGAUAUUGGUGGCUAUUUGCCUCUGAUUUUACACGGCAUGGCGUUGAGAAGAACGCAGAGCUUGAGAUUUGGUACAGUAACUCUCCUCUUGGUCCUUGGACUGAGCACAAGCAAAAUCCUAUCUACAAAUCAGACAAAAGUCUGGGAGCUCGAAAUGGUGGGAGGCUCUUUGUUUUUGAAGGGUCAUUAUAUCGCCCUGGUCAGGAUUGCAGUGGUACUUAUGGUCGGAGGGUUAAGUUGUACAAAGUUGAAAAGUUAAGCAAGGAAGAAUACAAAGAAGUCCCCGUAAAUCUUGGGAUAGAUGAACCAAAGAAAGGGAGAAAUGCAUGGAAUGGCAUGAGGUUCCAUCACAUGGAUGCGCAACGACUUGCAUCUGGUGCAUGGAUUGCUGUGAUGGAUGGUGAUCGAGUCCCUUCAGGCGAUUCAACCAGACGUUCGCUCAUUGGUUACAUAGCUUUCCUGCUGGCCAGUGCCCUUGUCAUUUUUGUGGGUUUUAUGAAAGGUGCAAUCACUUGCUACAUUCCUUCCAGUUUAUGGGUUCCUCUUACAAGGAGAACAGAAUUACCCCGCAUCUUCUCUGUGCACCGCUUCAACCAGAAAGUCCGCAGAUAUUCUACCAGUAUCAGCAGAUAUAUCUCUGCGGCCAAAACUAAGCUCGGUGAAAAGACCUGGUCCAACAUGCUUUUCUUCUGCGUAGUUGCUCUAUUUACUAUUGUGAAUGUCUGCAUUGCCGUGCAUUUCUUAUACGGUGGCAAUGGUGCUGAAGAGGCAUAUACGUAUCAAGGGCAACACUCUCAGUUCACCAUGGUCACAAUGACAUACGAAGCUCGACUCUGGAAUUUGAAAGUAUUCAUUGAACACUACUCCAGAUGUGAAUCAGUUAGGGAGAUAGUUGUUGUCUGGAACAAAGGUAACCCUCCAAGCAGUGACGCUUUUGACUCUACUGUGCCUGUGAGGAUACGAGUUGAGGAGAUCAAUUCUCUUAACAACAGAUUCAGGGUCGAUCCUCUGAUAAAGACCCGUGCUGUUUUUGAACUGGACGAUGACAUCAUGAUGACUUGCACUGACUUAGAGAAAGGGUUUAGGGUCUGGAGAGAACACCCUGAACGGAUGGCGGGCUUUUACCCCCGGAUGAUAGAUGGCAACCCUCUGCAAUACAGGAACGAGAGGUAUGCUAGGGGUAAGAACGGCUACAAUCUGAUACUCACAGGUGCUGCCUUCAUGGACAGCGAGUUCGCUUUCAAGACUUACUGGAGCGAGAAAGCUCGUGAAGGGAGGGACUAUGUGCACAAGAACUUCAACUGUGAGGACUUGCUCAUGAAUUUUUUGUAUGCGAACGCAAGCUCCACAAGGACUGUGGAGUAUGUCCACCCUGCGUGGGCUAUCGAUACAUCCAAGCUUUCUUCCGUGGCCAUUAGCCGGGACACCCAGAAACACUACGAUAUCAGAACAGAUUGCUUGGCAAAGUUCUCCUCCAUCUAUGGCCCCCUCCCUCAGAAAUGGGAGUUCGGCAUGCGUGAAGAUCAUUGGGACAAAUAGGAUGGCAAUGGUGGUACACAACGGACUGGUUAAACCUUUUUUUGUUAAUCCCCUAGAAAGUUUUGUAGCUUGGGGUCUACGGUGAAGUUUGUAGGUCCUUUGGGCAGAAGUGCCCUUGGUUUGUGAUGUACCUAUUAUAUUCGCCUAGAAGCUUAGAAUCUGAUCAGGAAUUCAGGAUAGACAAUUGUUCAAAAGUUUUUGAAGUUAAUGCUGAAACAGACCAAAGGCAGUGCAGUAUCUGUGAAUUGUGAAAGGCAGAGACAGAGAGGGAAUUUGGAGACUGCAUAGGGAUUAGUGGGUAGGAAGUUCAGACUUCAGAUUGUUGGGUUCCCUUGUCUCUGCAGUUUGUGUACAUGUCUUCCUUUCUAAGAUUGGACUAGCGUGUUGUGUGAUUUUUUACCGUAAGAAUUCUUUUUACAGCUCGUAGUGUUUUUUUAUUUCGGUCUAAUGAGGACUUUCUGAACCAUUGGC